AUGAGGCCCAAGUACCUGGUGGUGAACGCAGACGAGGGGGAGCCGGGCACAUGCAAGGACCGGGAGAUCAUGCGCCAUGACCCGCACAAGCUGGUAGAGGGCUGUCUGGUGGGAGGCCGUGCCAUGGGCGCCCGUGCCGCCUACAUCUACAUCCGGGGGGAGUUCUACAACGAGGCCUCCAACUUGCAGGUGGCCAUCCGAGAGGCCUACGACGCAGGCCUGAUCGGCAGGAAUGCCUGCGACUCCGGUUAUGACUUCGAUGUGUUUGUGGUGCGUGGGGCUGGGGCCUACAUCUGCGGGGAGGAGACCGCGCUCAUCGAGUCCAUCGAGGGCAAGCAGGGAAAGCCGCGGCUGAAGCCUCCCUUCCCUGCUGACGUAGGAGUCUUUGGCUGCCCCACCACCGUGGCCAAUGUGGAGACCGUGUCCGUGUCCCCCACCAUCUGCCGCCGAGGGGGCGCCUGGUUUGCCAGCUUCGGCCGGGAGCGCAACUCAGGCACUAAACUCUUCAACAUCUCGGGCCACGUCAACAACCCGUGCACAGUGGAGGAAGAGAUGUCGGUGCCACUCAAGGAGCUUAUUGAGAAGCACGCAGGAGGCGUCACGGGAGGCUGGGAUAACCUCCUGGCGGUGAUCCCUGGCGGCUCAUCCACCCCGCUGAUCCCCAAGUCCGUGUGCGAGACGGUGCUGAUGGACUUCGACUCGCUGAUACAGGCACAGACAGGCCUGGGCACAGCUGCGCUGAUCGUUAUGGAUCGCUCGACGGACAUCGUGAAGGCCAUCGCACGCCUGAUUGAGUUCUACAAGCAUGAGAGCUGUGGCCAGUGCACCCCGUGUCGAGAAGGCGUGGACUGGAUGAACAAGGUGAUGGCUCGCUUCGUGAAGGGGGAUGCUCGGCCAGCCGAGAUCGACGCGCUGUGGGAGAUCAGCAAGCAGAUUGAGGGCCACACCAUCUGCGCGCUGGGCGAUGGCGCCGCCUGGCCUGUACAGGGCUUGAUCCGCCACUUCCGGCCUGAACUCGAGGAGCGGAUGCAGCAGUUUGAGGCCCAACAGAGCCGGAGAGCCGCGUCCUGAGUCUUGUGCCACCGCCACUCGGCCCUACCCAGAGCCACAAAUAAAGACGCUUUGCCCUGGGA